AUAAAUAUAGAUACAUCAUGAAUUGGAUCCCUUUCAAACUUAACAACUACCAACCUCCCCUUGAUUUAAACUGCAUUUGCAAGUUUGUUUCGUUGAGCCUGUAAAGACAGUUGGUAAAUUUUUGUAAUUUUUUUUUGAUCUAGGUUUGAUUAUUUGUCCUCGGGACUUAUACACGCUUCCAUUCAAGAACCAUGUUGCGCUUUGCUUCCAAGAACGCUACUCUUUUUGCUCGUAACUUAACCGUCUCUGGUGCUAGACAACUUCAUGGCAAGGCCUCUUUACCCCCUUUGCCUUAUGCUUACAAUGCCCUUGAACCUGCCAUUUCAGAAACCAUCAUGAAAUUACAUCAUGAUAAGCACCACAACACCUACGUGACCAACUUAAACGCUGCUCAAGACAAAUUGUGUCAGCCUGACUUGGACUUGAAGUCAGAGAUUGCUCUCCAAGCCGCUAUCAAGUUUAACGGUGGUGGUCAUAUUAACCACUCCCAAUUCUGGACCAUCAUGGCUCCUCCUAGCGAAGGAGGUGGUAAGCCUAUCACUGACAGUUCUUUGCACAAGAGCAUCGUUGAGAAGUGGGGAUCUCUUGAAGACUUCCAAAAGGAAAUGAAUGGUGCUCUUGCCGCCAUCCAAGGUAGUGGAUGGGCCUGGUUGGUCAAAGACAAGGAAGGUAGUCUCCACAUUACUAGCACCCAAAACCAAGACACCGUCAUCAACGCCAAGGUUAUCAUUGGUAUUGAUGCUUGGGAGCACGCUUAUUAUCCUCAAUACGAAAACCGCAAGGCUGAAUACUUCAAGGCUUUCUGGACUGUUAUGAAUUGGAAAGAAGCCCAACGUCGUUAUGAAACCAAUUAAGUUAAGUCUCUCUUUUUUGCUUGAUGUGGAUGCUCACCAGCUUUUUCAUUCGGCGCAGUCUUCUUAAAUGACACAAUAAAGUUCAACGAAUCUUUGUUGGGUUUGUCUAGCCUCAGCGACCUACUAGCCCCCCUGUUUUGUUAUAAACUAAAAAAAAAAGAAAACGCACACAAUUUUUCUAACGUCACCUUUGUAACGUCCUUUUAAGAAAAAUCUAAAUAAGAUUUUAUUAACAUUUUUGAAUUCUAGUUUAGUAAACGAGAUAGUUUGCUGACAUGAUUAUUUGAGACCAGGCCAUAUUAAUAAAUGUAGAAAAACCGUUUCACCCAA